AUGCCAGUGGCUGGGCUGGGCCGCUCACGGUGUCCCAGCCUCAGCGAGCUCAGGACUUGGAGGAAGACAGAUCUGGCUGCGAAUCCCGGCUCGCCACUUUCUAGCGCUGUGACCUUGGCACAACAGCUCCAGUUGGCAGCAUCACCUCCCACCAAUUUAUCCAACUUCUGCCAAGACUCUGAAAUGCCAACUAUGUCGAGGCCUGCACUUGAUGUCAAGGGUGGCACCUCACCUGUGAAGGAGAAUGCCAACCCAGAGGUGAACUCUCUGGCCUACUCUAACCUGGGGGUGAAAGAUCGCAAAGCGGUGGCCAUCCUGCACUACCCUGGGGUAGCCUCGAAUGGAACCAAGGCCAGUGGGGCUCCCACUAGUUCCUCGGGAUCUCCAUCUCCAAUAAGUUCUCCUACUGCCACCCCUCCCACUAAACCCCCACCCUUCAACCUGCACCCUGCCCCUCACCUGCUGGCCAGUAUGCAGCUGCAGAAACUAAAUAGCCAGUACCAUGGGAUGGCUGCUGCCACUCCGGGCCAACCCGGAGAGGCAGAGCCCCUGCCAAACUGGGGCUUCGGGGCUCAGGCGGGAGGGGCGGGAUCACUCUCUCCUUCUGCUGGUGCCCAGAGCCCUGCCAUCAUCGAUUCAGACCCUGUGGAUGAAGAGGUGCUGAUGUCACUGGUGGUGGAACUGGGACUGGACCGGGCCAAUGAGCUUCCGGAGCUGUGGCUGGGGCAGAAUGAGUUUGACUUCACGGCAGACUUUCCAUCUGGCAGCUGA